GGCAGGCAGGCAGGAACGUGGGCGUCUCCACGGCAACCCCGCCCAGGCGGGCCGCGGCCCAGCUGAGGGCGUGGCCGGAUGUGACAAGAGGAGGCGGGGCUGCCGGACGCCGGGGUCCUCGCCCAGGCCACCGCCGGAGAAACGCGAUUGGCCGAGGAAGAAAUGGAAGGCGGAGAUUCAGCCGAUGGGGAGGCAGCGCUCAGGGGAGCAGCCAAUGGGGCUGCGGAGGAGCCGGCCAAUGGGCAGCGAGCGCCCGGAGGUUUGCCCAAUGGGGAGGGAGGGAGCCCGGUUCCAGCCAAUGCAGAGCUCGGGGGAGCCUGCGCAGUGGGGGAGUCAUCCAAUGGGGUCGCGCUGCUGCUGGGCUUGUCCGAGGAGCAGCCCAGCUCAGCCAAUGAGCAGCUAGGGGGGUGCCAAGCGGCUGGGGACUCAGCCAAUGAGGAGAGAGGAGGCCUGCACAGCCCAGCCAGUGAAGAGGCAGGGCCCCAAGACCCAACCAAUGAGACCGCGGGACACCAGGACCCAGCCAAUGAGCCUACCGUGCUACAGGGUGCAGCCAACGAGAGGGCAGAGCCGCACAACCUGAACAAUGAGGCCAAAGGGCUGCAGCACCCGACCAAUGAGGAUGCAGUGACACGAGCCCCAACCAAUCAGGACCCCGUCCCACGCAUCCCAGCCAAUAAGGACGCAGGGCCUGAAGCCCCAACCAAUGAGGACGCUGGCCUCCGGGCCCCAACCAAUGAGAGGGCGGGACGCCGGGAUCCAGCCGACGCCCUCCGGGCUCCAUCCGAUGGGGCGUCGCCCCGCCAGGCAUCACCCUCCCGUGAGCACGUGCCCCUCCCGGCCACGCCCGAUGGGGCGGGGGAUCCCUGGGACUGGUCGCGCGAGGAGGUGUGGCUGCGGGCGCCCGAGGAGGAGGAGGAGGAGGAGGAGGGGCGGGGGCAGCUGGAGGAGGAGGAGGACGAUGACGGCGAGGAGGGGGAGGGGGAGGAGGAAGACCCCUGGGCGGGGGCCAGGCCCCCCCCGGGCUGGUGGCUCAGCCCCGAUGCCGCCUUCGCCAAACGGGUGCUGCGGCGCGGCCGGGGGCUGGGUCGCCCUGGUCCUGGCUCCCGCUGCCGCGUGCGGCUGGAGACCCCCCCCCGGGGCGGGGGCGGCGGCGGGGUGGGGGGCGGCGGCGGCGGGGGCGGGGGGCGGCCGGUGGCAGACCCUGCGGCUGGGGGACGGUGAG